CCUUUAAGAAAUGGACUGCGCCUUUAAGAAAAGCCAGCCAACUGUCUGCGCUGGUGACGUGAAGUCGCUGCGCGUUGUAGAGAGUGGGCAGGAAGAGAGUGUGAGAGCGCAUUGAUUACUCUUUGAACAGAAACGGUGCACAGGGUCCGGCAGGGUGUAUCAUGUCACGUUGCUAAUGCUGUGGCACGGUCGAAAUCAACCCAACACCGUCCCUAAACACCGAGCGUGCACGUUCCCCACCCGAAUCGAAAGAUUUGGGUUGAAACCUGUGAGCGCAAGAGCGGCGCUGUGUGCCGUUUGAACAGCAGGGCGAACAGCGGGUGGAAAGCGCGUUCGAGUGGAAGGCAGGGAACGAGGAGCCAUGAGAGAAUACAAAGUAGUCGUGCUGGGCUCUGGUGGUGUGGGGAAAUCAGCAAUUACUGUUCAGUUUGUCACUGGGUCUUUUAUCGAGAAAUACGACCCUACAAUAGAGGAUUUCUAUAGAAAAGAAAUCGAAGUUGACUCGUCGCCCUCAGUGUUGGAAAUCCUGGACACGGCGGGGACAGAACAGUUUGCAUCGAUGCGAGAUCUGUAUAUCAAAAACGGGCAGGGAUUCAUAUUGGUGUACAGUCUGGUUAACCAACAGAGCUUCCAGGAUAUCAAACCGAUGAGGGAUCAGAUUAUUCGUGUCAAAAGGUACGAGAGGGUGCCCAUGAUCUUGGUUGGGAACAAGGUGGAUUUGGAAGGCGAGCGAGAGGUCUCUUCCGGGGAAGGCAAAGCCCUGGCGGAUGAGUGGAACUGUCCGUUUAUGGAAACUUCAGCCAAAAAUAAAGGCUCGGUCGACGAACUGUUCGCGGAGAUAGUCAGACAAAUGAACUAUGCUUCUACUACAACUGGGGACGACCAAUGCUGCUCAUCGUGUGUUAUUCUUUAGAUGAAAAUUCACUCUAUUUUUAAGUUUGCAAUGUGUGUUGCAGGAAUUCUAACUGUUGAGCUCAACGUGUCUCUCCCUGGCAUUGGAAGGAGCACAAAUUCCGUAAGGGAGGUGAGACCAUCGCAGGAGUUCAGUCUUGAGGAAUUCUGUUUGGAGUAGCCCCAAUCCAUGCAGCUCUUAGUCUACACCAUUGAAGUCAACACAAGUGGCUGAUCUGAGCUCUCCGCCCGUCUCAGUCUGCACUCCAAACUGGAACUUUUAACCUAUAACGGAUGGUGACGGAGUUGGACAUAACCACGAAAGUUUUCCUCAUUGGAGGAAGGAAUAAGUAGUGAUUAAGUGCCGCGCAUGACUUGGGUUGAACAGUGUAAACUUGCCCUCUCCCCCCGCUAUGUAAAGCUCUACUCUUGGAUUUUUGACAGAAACGUCAAUUCAUUGAAACCACUUUUUUCAGCCAGUGCCACCCCCAUUUUUCUCAGCGUAGACGAAGACUUGACUGGAGUGACGUGGGACGUCAGCGUUGCGUUCUCACGUCGAGUGCCUUCCAAAAAUCAGCUAUUCCCGUUCAGUGCCAAUUUAAGGGCGUACAAGAAUCUAAUUUUAAUGGCAAUCCACAGAAGUACUUAAAUGUAACACUUGGUUAUCCUUUGGGGGUCGAAAAGACACAGCAGCCCCUUUGUUAAACGAAUUGCAGUUUUCUUCUUUCACUUACAAUCUUUUAAUUUGGCCUUAUUGUUCUUUUUUAAAGGUUGGUUAUAGCCUAGAUAUGGCCAGAUUUAAUUUGAAACACAGGUACUGAAAAUCAACCAGUUUACUCAACAAAACCUCCUCAUUUAAGCAAUUCAAGUUCAUGUUUUGUUUC